AUGCCGGACCAGAUCUCCGUCUCCGAGUUCAUCGCUGAGACCUCCGAAGACUACAACUCAUCCACCACGUCCAGCUUCACUACGGGGCUGCACAACUGCAGGAACACCGUCACGCUGCUGGAGGAGACGGUGAAGCGAAGCCCUGAUUUGAUGCAGUUCUGCUCUGCGUUUACCAGCCAGCCUUUCUGUGCCCUGUUAGGACCGCUCACACUGUGCUUCAUACGCACUGUCUCCUUUCAUCCACAGCGCUUUGUAAGGCAGCAAGCCACCGUUUCCUCUUUGGCAGAUGAGGAAACGGGGGCUCAAAAAGUUGAAGUGACUUGUCAAAGGUCGCGGGACUGA